AUGAAACUUAGAGAUUCAAAGGAGUUUAAGUCAUUAACAAAUUAAAAAGAGUUUCAAAUAGCUACAAUGACUCAUUCUAUAGGUAAUAAAAGCGAAUUUAUUAAUGCACCCUCUUUUGUAAACAUCCAAAAGGCAAUCAUUGCUUUUAGAGAAAUAAUCGCAUUUAAGAAUGUUUAAUUUAAGGAUCAAAUGGAACAGAUCAUCGUUGAAAUGGAGAGAGGAUUAUUUUGCGAUCCUUCUGUUCUGCCUGAAUAAGUUGCAGAACUAAUAAAUAUGAAUAAAUUUCUUGAUCAUCAGACUAAUUAACUUCAAUUGCCAUAUUUUGAAGUAGUAAAAAGAUAUCAUGAGAUGUUUCAAAUUGUUUAAAGGUCUUAAAAGCUAUUGAUAAAAGAUAGAAACAUUAAGUUUAAAGAGGAGAAAAAUAAUGCCCUUGAGUCCUAAAUAUAAUCAUGCUAAAAAAAAUUCAAAGAUUUCUCUACGGGAAUUGAUUAUCAAUAUGAAAGACUUAACAAUUAAUUUUGCGAUAUAAACAAAAAGUUCAAUCUGUCUCAAGUUAAAAUUAAUGAACUUGAAGAAUAAAAUGGAGUGCUCAAAGAAUAUAAAGAAAUGUCUAAAAUGAUAGCUGUCCAUGAAAAAACUAUAGCAACUAAAGAUGAAGAAUUGACUGCCCUUAAAUCAUAAUUAAAAGAAGCUGAACUAAUAAUCAAUUAACAAAAAUAGUAAUUCGAGAGCAGAUUUUCAGAAUAUCAAAGAUCUUUGCAAUUAUUAAGAUAGCAGAAAGAGAAAGUAGAAAUAUUGAAUCAGAGGAUUUAUUAACUUGAAUACGAUUUAAGUAAGGUCAAUGUCAGGGCUGCUGUUGCAUUUAAUGAACUUACACCCAGAUAUCAGAAAUUUGAACUAGAAUUUAAAAGUCUAAAGAUAAAAAAGCCACUUGAUAAACUCUCAUGGGAUAGGAUAGCAACUAAAGACUAUAUUGAGUCACUGUUUUAAACUAUUAGAGAUCUCCACGAGAAGAAUAAAGAGCUAGCUCUAUAAAAAUAGAGAAGAAAAAAGAAAACUGAGAAUCUAGAGGAUACUUAUUCAAUCAGGAAUAUUAGCCCCAAAUCAGAAUCUAGAUUUGGCCCUAAUAAAAGUGGGGCAAGCAUGUUUCAAGGAGGUGGUAGAUUCACAAUGUACAAAACUGAAAGAAGUGCUUCAUCCUCUGUUGAUAAAUAAGAAAUGCUAGAUAUAAAUCAAAGCUCCCAGGAUCAGGAUCAGAAAAUUAGCUAAUGA